AUGAGUUUAACGCAACAAUUAACUCAACAAAAGCAAAUGAAUGCACAUGUUACGUAUUGUAAGGAAGUAAAAGAGGAUACAUCAGAGAGCGCACUUCAACUGAAACUGGAUUUAGUCAAACGUUUGUACGAAGAAUUUGAAGAAAAUCAGAAAUUGAUGGAGGAGGACUGCAAAGGCGAUAAAGAAUUAUUAAAAGCGCAGUACAAUGUGCGCAGCCAAUUUGAAGAUUCGUAUUUCUAUUGUCAUGUGAAGCUUCAGGAUAUCAUCAAGCUAAGAUUGGAUUUGGAAAGCGACAAGAGAAGCAAGCAACGAGUGCCGAAUAAUGGCGUACCAAGACAGCAAGAGGUUAAGUUACCAAAGAUUGAAUUGAAUCAAUUUUCUGGCAAUUAUGAAGAUUGGCCUACAUUUCAUGAUCUUUUCUCAAGUCUAAUUCAUGAAAAUAAAAGCAUAGCCAACGUGCAGAAAUUGCACUACCUGAAAACAAAUGUCUUAGGUGAUGCUGAAAGGUUAUUGAGAUCGAUCACAACUACCGAAGCAAAUUAUGAGGAAGCAUGGAAGAAACUUAAGGACCGUUACGAGCAUAAGCGUUUCAUCGUGGAUAGUUUAUUGAAGAAGUUGUUUGAGCAACGAAAAAUUUACAACGAAAAUCAUGUAGAAAUAAAAAGCUUAAUCGACACGUCAUCAGAAGUUAUGCAAAGCUUACGUCUACAAGGAAUACCAGUCCAUAAUUGGGAUGCGAUUAUUGUUCAUGUCAUCGUAUCGAAGUUAGACACCGAGACUCACAAGCAAUGGGAAUUGAAACAAACGAAGAAUGAAAUACCAACUUUCAAUCAGCUACAGGAAUUUCUGGAAAGCAGAUGGCAAUCGUUAGAAAUGAUACAUGGAAAUCAACCGACAGGAGGGUACAACUUUAAACCGAGCAGCAUGAAUGAAGACAAUAGAAAGAAGAAUAAUUGGUCAAAAUUCGAAAAUCAACAAAGCAAUGUGGAAUCCAGAUGCUACGGAUGCAGUGAAAUGGGUCAUAAGCUCUACAAUUGUCCCAAGUACAUCAGUUUCGGUAUAACCGAACGAAAAAAUGUUUUGAAGGACAACAAGUUGUGCUUCAAUUGUCUCGCCAAUAGACAUACAUCAGCUGACUGUAAGAGUUUGUCGAGGUGCAAACACUGCAAGGGUAAACAUCACACAAGCAUUCAUAUGGAAGUAUCAGAGUCUAGUUCGGCUGCAUCGUCCAGCAAUACGCAAGCUUCAACGGAUACACGGAUAUCGGCAAUGACAGGAAGCAAAGGUUUUAGAAGUGAAGUGCUAUUGGCAACAGCGAUCAUUUUCGUGCACACGAUUUAUGGUGAAAAAAUACCAACAAAGGCAUUAGUUGAUCAAGGAUCACAGAAUACGCUCAUCACGACGGCAUUAGCUAAAAAGUUGGGUUUAAUUGGACGAAAGAAUUGUGUUCAGAUAAUUGGUGUUGGAGAUAUAAAAGUUCCGAGUCAAGAUGAAAUGGUCACAUUGAAAUUUUCGUCACACACCGAUCCAGCAUUCGAAAUGGAUGUGUCAACCAGCGUAAUCGACAAAAUAUCAGGUGAAUUGCCAAUUAUACCGGUGCAUAGAGAAAAUUGGCCGCAUCUUGCAAAUGUUAAGUUUGCUGAUCCUCAUUUUGAUCAUCCGUCUACAGUGGAGGUAUUGUUAGGAAUGGAAGUCUACGAACAAAUAGUCCUAAAAGGAAUAAAAAAGAAGGUGAAUUCAUCUCCAACUGCACAAAAUAGUCGUCUUGGAUGGUUGUUGUUUGGUGUUGUUAAAUCUGCUGAGCAGUCAAGAAAAAUGCGAGAAGUCAGCUCUACCUUCAUGGUGAACUCAGCUGAUUACACUUUGAAUCAGACAUUAAAAUCUUUUUGGGAAUUAGAAGAAAUUCCAGAAAUCCGAAAAUUAACCAUCAAAGAGCAGGAAGCUGAAGAAAUAUUUUUGGAAAGAGUUCAUCGAAAUGAAGAAGGUCGAUAUGUAGUGGCUUUUCCAUUCGAUUCAAAAAAACAAUCUAUGGAAAUUGGUGAGUCAAGAAAAGCUGCUUUAAAUGGACUUUUCCGAUUGGAAGCUAGAUUCGUGAACAGCGAAACAUUGAGAAAUCGUUACAAAAAUUACAUGCAAGCGCUAAUCGAAGCAAAGCAUAUAGAAUUGGUUCCGAAGGAUAGAAUGAACUUAGCCGACUGCGACAAGUAUUAUUUACCUCAUCAUGCCGUAAUGAAAGAAGAAAGUUUAACAACGAAACUGAGAGUUGUGUUUGAUGCAUCACGAAAAUCAUCAUCAGGAAUUUCGCUAAAUGAUAAGUUGUUGGUUGGACCGAAAACACAAGAGGAUUUAUUUUGCAUCUUGCUACGAUGGAGAAAACAUCCAAUCGCAUUUCUAGCAGACAUCGAAAAAAUGUAUCGUCAGGUUAAAGUGGUUCCAGAACAUCGAGAUUUCCAGCGAUUGUUGUGGAGGUUCAAUGAAAGCGAAACAAUAAAAGAAUACAGAAUUACUACUGUCAUCGAUGGUACCGCUUCAGCUUCAUUUUUGGCAACGAGAGCUUUAGUAAAAUUGGCUGAAGAUAAUUCAAACAAAUUUCCGGACGCAUCAAAAAUCGUGAAAGAGGAUUUCUAUGUUGACAACCUAGCAUCAGGAAGCGACACUGUAGAAAAAGGCAAACAGCUGCAGAAUGACAUCAUACGUAUCAUGAAUGAUGGAAAAUUUCGUCUAAGGCAAUGGUACUCGAACAACAAAGAAAUACUUGAUAAUGUUCCAGUCGAAGAUCGUGAUGAUACAACGAAAUUGGUGGAAUUAGUUGGAAAAUCAGUGAAAACACUUGGAGUUUAUUGGAAUCCAUGCGAUGACACAUUCGAAGUUAAGGUUUCAGCGUACUCGGAAAAGAAAAACCUCACCAAAAGGGAAUUGUUGUCGGACAUCUCCAAAUUGUUCGAUCCAAUAGGAUGGAUGGCUCCCUCUACAAUCAAAGCGAAAAUAAUGAUGCAGUCAUUGUGGGCUGUAAAAGGUUUAAAAUGGGACGAUAAAGUGCCUGAAAUCAAAAUGAGAGAGUGGAGAAAGUAUAGAAAUCAGUUACAUCAUUUGGAAAAUAUAAAAAUUCCGAGGUGGAUUGGCUCUUGUGACGUCGUUCAAUUGCAGUUACACGGUUUUGGAGACGCAUCAACAUCGGCUUACGCUUCAGUGGUAUUUGCGAGAGUGGUUCAGAGUGAUGGUAAAAUUGUAGUUACGAAUUUAAGUGCGAAAACCAAGGUGGCUCCGUUAAAGACAAUUUGUACGCCUAAGCUCGAGUUGUGUGGUUCAGUGUUAGUAGCAAGGUUGAUGGGAAAGAUCAAAGGUUCGCUAAGGAUUCCGAAUGUUGAAACGUUUACUUAUUCUGAUAACCAGACCGUGCUAGCUUGGAUAAAGUCUCAUCCUAACCAUUACAAUGUUUUUGUAGCAAACCGAGUUACGGAAGUUCAAUCUCUAACUAAUAUCGAUAAAUGGUUUUUUGUAUCGACAGAUGAGAACCCAGCUGAUUGUGCGUCAAGGGGGAUUAUGCCUUCUGAAUUGGUCAAUCACAAGUUAUGGUGCAAAGGACCACAAUGGCUAUCGAAACCGCAAGAACAAUGGCCUUCAUACGAGAAAGUCUACGAAACCGACUUAGAAAAGCGAAACAUAUCGGCGUUUACUCACCUGACAGUCGAUGUGCAAGAAAAGGAAUAUUUGGUCGAGGUGCUCAAAAAACAUUCAACAUUGGCACGCUUGUUAUGGAACACGGCAUACGUUACGAAGUUUUGCUCUUCAACGAAAGCAAAAACAAAAAAUGAAAUAGAAAAACCAAAUGCUCAGGACCUACGAACUGCACUGAAGAAAUGGAUAUUAUACGUUCAAGCAAUGGCGUUCAAAGACGAAAUCGAGAGAAUCAAAUGCGGUGAUGAAUUGUUGGCACGCAGCAAAUUGAUAAAGUUGCGUCCAUUCGUUGAUCAAAGUGGAUAUUUGAGAGUUGGUGGUCGAAUCAGCAAGUCAGAGCUACCAUUUGAGAAAAAACAUCCAAUCAUCAUGCCUAAGAACAAUUAUUUUACAAAAUUACUGGUUCAACAAGCGCAUACAUGUACACUUCACGGUGGUCCAACGAUCAUGAAUGCACACUUGGCGAAAUAUUGGAUUUUCAGUCGUUCAUCCGAAAUCAAAAAAGUCAUUGGAACGUGCCUCGUUUGCUUUCCACAUCGGAGUAAGCCAGCAGAGCAAAUAAUGGCUGAUCUACCAGUCAAUAGAGUUAUUCAACACCGUGCAUUUCUACAUUCCGGCGUCGAUUUUGCUGGACCGAUCAUAACAAAAACAUUCACGGGCAGAACGAGAGGAAGAUAUGCAAAUCCAACGCAGAAAAGUUACAUUGCAAUAUUCGUUUGCCUAGCUACGAAAGCCCUUCAUGUCGAUUUGGUAUCGAGUUUAUCAGCUGCUGCAUUUAUUGCAUGUUUCAAACGAUUUGUGGCGAGAAGAGGCAAAUGCAGUGAUCUAUACAGCGAUAAUGGAAAAAAUUUUGUAUCAGCAAGUAGGGAAAUGCGUCAACAAUUCAUCGAAUUAAUGAAGAAUCCUGAAUUACAAAGUUUCUUGGCACACGAUGGAACAACGCAUCAUUUCAAUCCCCCACUUAGUCCAUCAUUUGGAGGGCUCUGGGAAGCGGGAGUAAAAAGCAUCAAGUACCAUCUCAAAAGGCUCAUUGGAAACAACAUGUUUACGUAUGAAGAAAUGACGACCUUGCUAUACCAAAUUGAAGCGUGUUUAAACAGCAGACCGUUGUGUCCAGUCAGUGAAGACAUUAACGAUGUAUCGUAUCUCACGCCUGGUCAUUUUCUCAUUGGUGAAGCACCGACCACGGUCCCUGAAGUCAGUUUGCUGGAAGAGAAUAUAAACAGACUGUCGAGAUGGAAACUGGUCCAACGUGUGUAUCAAGAAUUCUGGAAGGUAUGGCACAGCGAAUAUUUGUCACGGUUGCAACAACGUCCAAAAUGGUUAAAAGCGCAAGAGAACAUCAAAGAAGGUCAAUUGGUCUUAUUGCGUGAAGAAAGUAAAAUACCAGCAAAAUGGCCAGUGGCAAGAAUUUUGAAAGUUUAUCCAGGAGAUGAUGACAAUGUGAGGGUGGUUAAAUUGGAAAAGCACGCGGCAAGUAUAGAUCCUCCGAUUCCUAAAGAUUUUUCGAAGUAUGUUGCUAAGCUGAAGACGCACAAGUCGAUUUUGAAACGUAACAUUUCUAAGAUAUCAGUUUUGCCUAUCGAAGAAAAUCGUAUUUAG